GUGGAUCAUAUUGAGAAGGUCUGAAUAGGGAGGUGUGACGUAAGGAGGGCUACACGCAGGUGCUUAUCUCCGAGCAGUCAAAGGCACUGGAUGUCAUAUCAUGGAGACUACCUUUCAAGGCAACAGCUUUAGUGUCUCCUGUCAGCACACCAGGGAGAAGAGAAAUAGUUUUGGAAACAAACACAAAAAAAGACCCCAGUCCUGUGAGAUUCUUUGAAGGACAAUGUGAAUUCCAUUUUAUGUGGCUGGGUGCUCAUACCAAUUUAAGCUCCGGCUCCAGAUGAACCAGGGUAGUGUGUGGUGGCAGGAACAGCUGACUCAUUAGUAGAGAGCAGUGAAAGCAAUGACAUUUCUUCUGUUCAAGUUCAAUAGCUGCUAGAGAAGAUGGAUGCCGAGGUUGAAGAUAAAACGUUGCAUACUCUUUCAAAAGGAACUGAAGUUCCAAUGGAUUCUCUGAUCCCAGAGCUCAGGGUUCCGUAUGAUUGCUCUAUGGCAAAGAAGAGGAGAGCUGAAGAGCAGGCAUCGGGAGUGCCAGUUAACAAGAGGAAAUCUCUGCUAAUGAAACCCCGGCACUACAGCCCAGACAUGGGCUGCAAGGAAAGUCCAGACAACAGGAACGAGGAUGAUGGCCUCCUAGAAACAAACGACCAUGCCACUGCAGAUGGAAUCAUGGUAAAAUCCAUGGAUGAAACUCUUCAUUUACCUGCACAAGACAGCUCACUCCAGAAGAAAGACCAAUACACAUGUUAUCCAGAGCUCAUGGUCAAAUCUCUGAUGCACUUAGGCAAAUUUGAAGAAAGUGAGUCUGUGCAGACCACAUGUGAGAACUUAAAUGGCAGCGGUAUCCAGUCUUUAAAAGCAGAGAGUGAUGAAGCACGUGAAUGUUUUAUGGUUCAUUCCGACAAUGGAAGAGAUAAAGUCCAUCAUUCCCAGCCACCUUUCUGCUCUUCUGGUGACAGUGAAAGUGACUCUGACAGUGCAGAGAAUGGGUGGGGCAAUGGCUCCAACUCAUCAGAAGACACUGACACUCACAAAGGCCCCAAACACAAGCUGACAUACAAUAGAAAGGACCUGUUGGAAGUUCCUGAGAUAAAAGCUGAAGAUGACAAGUUUAUCCCUUGUGAGAACAGGUGUGAUUCUGACACAGAUGGGAGAGACCCACAGACCUCUCAUAUGGAACCCUUGGUUGUGAAAGCCCAGCCUUCCUUCCCAGAGGUUGCAGAGGGUGAGGGCCUAGCCACAGUAACAGAAGAGCCUGCUGAGGUGGAGAAAGCAAAGGGGAACCUGAGUUUGCUGGAACAGGCUAUUGCUCUACAGGCUGAACGAGGUUCUGUCUUCCAUCACACUUAUAAGGAGCUGGACCGAUUUUUCCUGGACCACCUGGCAAGGGAACGGAGGCAACCUAGGGUUACUGAUGCCAAUGGAAGACAAAUCUUUACUAAUAAACAUUCACCAAGACCUGAGAGGAGGGAGGCCAAGUGCCCCAUUCCUGGCUGUGAUGGCACAGGGCACGUAACAGGGCUCUACCCUCACCACCGCAGCCUUUCCGGGUGCCCCCACAAAGUGCGAGUUCCUCUGGAAAUUCUCGCCAUGCAUGAGAAUGUGCUCAAGUGUCCCACUCCAGGAUGCACAGGAAGGGGACAUGUGAACAGCAAUCGCAACACUCACAGAAGUCUUUCUGGUUGUCCGAUUGCUGCAGCUGAAAAGUUGGCAAUGACCCAGGACAAAAGUCAACUUGAUUCUUCUCAGACGGGGCAGUGUCCUGAGCAGGCACACAGGGUGAAUUUGGUGAAGCAAAUUGAAUUUAAUUUUCGCUCACAUGCCAUCACUUCUCCAAGAGCCUCUGCAUCAAAAGAACAAGAGAAGUUUGGGAAAGUACCGUUUGAUUAUGCCAGUUUUGAUGCACAAGUAUUUGGGAAACGUCCUCUCCUACAAACAGGGCAAGGACAAAAAGCACCACCAUUUCCUGAAUCAAAGCAUUUUUCAAAUCCAGUGAAAUUUCCUAAUGGACUGCCUAGUGCUGGCGCCCACACACAGAGCACAGUCCGUGCCAGCUCUUAUGGCCAUGGUCAGUACAGUGAAGACACCCACAUAGCAGCAGCUGCUGCCAUCCUGAACCUUUCCACCCGCUGCAGGGAAGCCACAGACAUCCUCUCCAACAAACCGCAAAGCCUGCGUGCCAAGGGAGCAGAGAUAGAAGUGGAUGAAAAUGGAACAUUGGACUUAAGCAUGAAAAAAAAUCGAAUCCACGACAAGUCUAUACCCCCAACUUCCUCACCUACUACAAUUACAACCCCAUCCUCGUCCCCAUUCAACGCAAGCAGCCUUCUGGUCAAUGCUGCCUUCUAUCAGGCCCUCUCUGAUCAAGAAGGCUGGAAUGUGCCCAUCAACUACAGCAAAUCCCAUGGGAAGACAGAGGAGGAUAAAGAGAAAGAUCCUGUGAACUUCCUAGAAAAUUUAGAGGAAAAAAAGUUUGCUGGAGAGGCCUCUAUCCCAAGCCCAAAGCCCAAGCUGCAUACAAGAGAUCUCAAGAAAGAAUUAAUCACCUGCCCAACACCAGGAUGUGAUGGAAGCGGCCAUGUCACAGGCAACUAUGCCUCUCACCGCAGUGUCUCUGGAUGUCCUCUAGCAGACAAGACUCUGAAGUCUCUCAUGGCUGCCAACUCUCAAGAGCUUAAGUGUCCAACCCCAGGUUGUGACGGUUCUGGUCACGUGACUGGAAACUAUGCCUCCCACAGAAGCUUGUCUGGUUGCCCUCGUGCAAGGAAAGGUGGCAUCAAAAUGACCCCAACAAAAGAAGAAAAGGAAGAGUCUGAACUUAGAUGCCCUGUAAUAGGGUGUGACGGCCAAGGCCACAUAUCAGGUAAAUACACAUCACACCGCACAGCUUCUGGCUGUCCUCUGGCUGCCAAAAGACAGAAAGAGAAUCCCCUCAAUGGGACACCUCUCUCCUGGAAACUGAACAAGCAAGAGCUUCCUCACUGUCCUCUGCCAGGAUGCAAUGGUCUGGGUCAUGUAAACAACGUUUUUGUCACCCACAGAAGCUUAUCUGGAUGCCCUCUCAAUGCACAAGCUAUCAAAAAAGUCAAGGUCUCUGAGGAACUAAUGACUAUCAAGCUCAAAGCAACUGGGGGUAUUGAUGGUGAUGAAGAAAUUAGGCAUCUGGAUGAAGAAAUCAAGGAACUGAAUGAAUCCAACCUUAAAAUUGAAGCAGAUAUGAUGAAACUUCAGACCCAGAUAACAUCUAUGGAGAGCAACUUGAAGACCAUAGAGGAGGAGAACAAGCUAAUAGAACAGAGCAAUGAGAGUCUGCUGAAGGAGCUGGCAGGGCUUAGCCAGGCUCUCAUCUCCAGUCUUGCUGACAUCCAGCUUCCACAGAUGGGGCCUAUCAAUGAGCAGAAUUUUGAAGCAUAUGUAAAUACUCUCACAGACAUGUACAGCAAUCUGGAACAGGACUAUUCCCCAGAAUGCAAAGCUCUACUGGAAAGCAUCAAGCAGGCGGUGAAGGGCAUCCAUGUGUAGAACGACAGUAUGCAGGAAACAGAGGUCACUACGGCCAUGAACUCCCACAAAUCUGCAGGGGCCUAAUACCCCUGGAGCCCAGAGGCUGUCCCUGUGUUUAUAAUUGCAACAUUGCACUAAUUUUUCCCCAGCUGACAUAAAAAGGAAAGAAAAACUAUGAUAAACUCUUUGGAUUAAAAGCAAUGCAGUCAAUUAUUAAAUCUCAUUUAUUUUCAUAUCUUUUUCUUUUCUUUCUUCAUUGCACUCUUUAUUUUGUAAAGUAUAUGUAAAAAUAAAUGUGACAUUUUAUAUUUUAUUUAUUACUAAUCAAAGAGUUUUUUAUCUUUUAACUGCAUUUUGAAGUCUACUAUAUUUUUACAGGUGUGUUUAUUAAUUUAUCUUCUAAUAGGAUUUAAAUAGAAAUGCUGUUCUCAAAUCACAUAUCUUUUUGGAUUUAAAUGAGAAAAACAAAACAAAAGAAAUGUAUGAAGGAAAUCCUGAUGUCAGGACUACACUGUGGUCAAGCUUGGUUUCUACUGUGCACUUCCAUUUCUCCUUUACUGGUUUUGUUUUUAUAAAUGGCUUUUGGUAAUGUGAGCUGUGAAGGAUUAUGAAGAUAAAUGGCGCCCACUAGUGGGAAAUCCACACUCACAAAAGCACAGGAUGUUUGCAAACAGCGCACUCAGAACUUGAUAGCAAUAAUUAAAUAAAAUAGUCAGCAUAGUAUUCCACAUGGCUGCACAGAUUUAAUUAAUAUGAAUUAUUUAUUUAGACUGCUUAAAACAUACAUUUUAAGUGAAUCAGAUUUGUCUUCUUGUUUUUCAAGUCAUAUUGGCUAGUUGGCAACCCUUUCCCAAAAUGAGAAAUAAGCUUUGAUGGGACCAGCUUGGCUUUUCCUGCUACGUGUUAGUACAAUAUACAAGUGACAAUGUUGGUGUAGAUUUGUACUUACAAAUACAGACACAUCCAAAUGGAAAUUUUGUAGAUACCAUAUCCCCUGAAAUAGCAUUUAUCUUACUGGGUUGACUGGAAUAGAAUGCAAAACAGAAGGCCUAAAAAAAAAAAAUGCUAUUCCAAUCUAAGUGGUUACCUUGAAUAUUGGCAGCAUUGGUCUUUGCUUCCCUAAUAAAUAAGACAGUUUCAAUUUGAUAAAACUCUUGAACUUCAAGUGACACAAAGGAUGUUACACACACAUACACACACACACACAUACACAUGCACACACGCACACACAACAGCACAGCCUACACACAUAUAUGCACUCACACUCAUCCACACGUGAAAUUCAACCUGCAAUCUCAACUGGAUCAGAGUUUAGAAGUUGCUGUAGUAAAGGCAAUGUCUAUUUCAGGGACUGUAAAGUAGUUAAGCAUUGUUUCAAAAGUUUUUUUAUAUUUAUUUUUUUUAAGGAAAAGGUAUAGACAACCAGCUAAACUGCCUUUUUGGUGUGCACACACAUUUCAUGUGCAGAUGUGCCUCUAUGUAAAAGUACACAUGAACUUUAGUGUGGGCUUAAUUUUCUGUGCUAUAAUAAAAGUGUUUAUUUUUUAUUAGCCUCAUGAAUAUUUAGAUUUAGUGUGAUGGCAUUCACAGGCUUGAAUUCACUGUUACUACUGUUACAUGCUCUGAUACAUGAAAAGUGGUAUAGUCACUCCACUCUCAUGGAACCUUGGAUAUUGUUAUGCAUCACGUGGCGCUUAUCUUUGGCUUGGGGUUCAUUUGAACUCUUGAAUCUUAGUUUAGUGAAAAUGAGAUGUCUGUUCUUAGGUAGGAAAGGUGUUUAUUUAAAGCUCAAUUUUAAAAUAAGCAGCUACUGCGAGUAGUGUCUCCUAUAAAUGGGACACAAAGUUUCCUAUUAAAGUAUGUCUUUGAACAUUUUGCUACACAAUACUUCAAAGAAGCACACAAAUGGGCUCACUUAUUACAAAGACAGAAGUUUACCUUGCUAAAUAUUUUAACAAGUUUGUUAUAUAUUUUAUUUAAAGAGAUCUCUUGCAAUCCUAUGUAUUUAUUACUAUAAUUUACAUGGCUUCAGUUAAUUUAUUUGUGUUCAUAUAGUUUUAUGAAGUGUAUCUGUAUUUAUUUGCCUCCUGGUACUUGUGUUUUGUAACAUGCACUGAAUUAUUUUCUUUUCAACUAUGUUAAUGAUUGAAACUGUAAAUUGGGUAUUUUGUAAACAAAAACAAAGGCAGUGAUGUACACGUUUUUAUUUGAAGUAGUUUGUUUGUAUACUGUUUCUCCAAAUGAUUAAUAUUUCUUACAUCAAUGCAACAAAAUUGUGUUCAGUGCUGUGCAUUUGGUGUAUGGUAGGAAAUAAAAAUUGAUAAUGAAUUUG